GCGGACCGGUCUCCACUGAGCCGCCGCCCCCUGACCCCGGCUACCCCGGCUCUGCACCAGGAGGCGGCGGGCCAGGCCGAGCGCCCGGGCUGCCCGCCGUGGACCCCGACGGUAACCUGCGGGCCGGGGUCCGGAGGAGGAAGGAGGAAGGUGGCCUCGCGGGGUCCGGCCAUGGCGCUCGACUUCCUGGCUGGAUGCGCUGGGGGUGUGGCAGGUGUGCUUGUGGGACACCCAUUUGACACUGUCAAGGUGCGGCUGCAGGUGCAGAGCGCGGAGCAGCCCCAGUACAGAGGGACCCUGCAUUGCUUCCAGACCAUCAUCAAGCAGGAGAGUGUGCUGGGCUUGUACAAAGGCCUGGGCUCGCCCCUCAUGGGGCUGACCUUCAUCAACGCACUGGUGUUCGGGGUGCAGGGCAACACGCUCCGGGUGCUGGGCCACGACUCCCCGCUGCACCAGUUCGUGGCGGGGGCGGCGGCGGGGGCCAUCCAGUGCGUCAUCUGCUGCCCCAUGGAGCUCGCCAAGACGCGGCUGCAGCUGCAGGCCGCCGGCCCGGCGCGCGCCUACAAGGGCUCCCUGGACUGCCUGGCGCAGAUCUACCGGCGGGAGGGGCUGCGGGGCAUCAACAGGGGCAUGGCGUCCACGCUGCUGCGGGAGACGCCCAGCUUCGGCGUCUACUUCCUCACCUACGACGUGCUGACGCGCGCGCUGCGCUGCGAGCCCGCCGACCGCCUGCUGGUGCCCAAGCUGCUGCUGGCGGGCGGCACGGCGGGCAUGGCCUCCUGGCUCUCCACCUACCCCGUGGACGUGGUCAAGUCGCGGCUGCAGGCCGACGGGGUGCGGGGCGCCCCGCGCUACCGCGGCCUCCUCGACUGCGCGCGCCAGAGCUACGAGGCCGAGGGCUGGCGCGUGUUCACGCGCGGGCUCGGCUCCACGCUGCUGCGCGCCUUCCCCGUCAACGCCGCCACCUUCGCCACCGUCACGGCCGUGCUCAGCUACGCCCGCGGCGGAGAGGCCCAGCCCGAGCCCGGGCCGGCCCUGGCCCAGCCGUCCGGCCUGUGACGCGCGCGCCCCGGGCCGCGCAGGACGUCAGUCACCAGGGCCGGAAGUCAGCAGGGCCGUCGGAGCCGCGCCAGGCCUGGUCCGAGCACUUUACCACUUUACACCGGCGAGUCUGCCAGUCCCCGGGCCCUGGCGCUGUUCCCUCCCCGCAGGCCGACGCCUUCGGCCUGGAUUGCCCCUCUCAGCGCUGGGGCCUGGUCCAGCCUUCUGGAGACUUCUAUCCGCCCAAGGCCCUGGCUGGAGAGAGAAGUCUCACCUGGGCUUCAGGCCACCUUGUGUAAAAUGAGGACAGGUCAGCUGAGGCCCG